AUGGCUCCGGCUGUCAAGGCACCACGUGGUCGACCACCUAAAGGCGUGUCGGUGGAGCUGCCAGCGCCAUUGCCCAUUGCUACCACGGCGGCUCUAAAGUUUCGGAACGCUGAGGAUGCAACGCUGCCUGGUAGUGAAAACCCUUCAACUAGGGAGGACAUCACUACGGAGGAACAGGUAGACGCCAACUGUGGUUCGCCAAAGGUCGGGCGAGCUGAGCGCCAGGCUGCUGUCGACAAUAGCAGUGGCCCUUCCAACGAGGCUCCGACUGUCUGUCGCCAAGCUGCUGCUGACGACAAUAGCGUUGGCCCUUCAAACGAGGCUCCAACUGCCAGUCGCCAGGUUGCCUCUGACAAUGGCGCUCGCCCUUGCAAUGAUGCUCCGGAUUGUCGCCAGGCUGCUGCGAACAAUAGCACUGGGCCUUCCGACGAAGUUCUGGCUUCCAGUCGCCAGGCUGCUGCUGACGACAAUGGUACUGGCCCUUCCAACGAGGCUCCGACUGCUGCUGCUGACGACAAUAACGUUGGUCUUUCAAACGAGGCUCCAACUGCCUGUCGUCAGGCUGCCUCUGACAAUGGCGCUCGCCUUUGCAAUGACGCUCCGGAUCGUCGCCAGGCUGCUGCUGACAAUGGCACUGACCCUUCCAACGAGGUUCCGGCUUCCAGUCGCCAGGCUGCUGCUGACGACAAUGGUACUGGCCUUUCCAACGAGGCUCCGACUGUCUGUCGCCAGGCUGCGGCUGACGACAAUGGCGCUGGCCCUUCUAACGAGGCUCCGACUGUCUAUCGCCAGGCUGCUGCUGACGACAAUAACGUUGGCCCUUCAAACGAGGCUCCAACUGCCAGUCGUCAGGCUGCCUCUGACAAUGGCGCUCGCCCUUGCAAUGACGCUCCAGAUCAUCGCCAGGCUGCUGCUGACAAUGGCACUGACCCUUCCAACGAGGUUCCGGCUUCCAGUCGCCAGGCUGCUGCUGACGACAAUUGCACUGGCCCUUCCAACGAGGCUCCAACUGCCAGUCGCCAGGCUGCUGCUGACAAUGGCGCUCGCCCUUGCAAUGACGCUCCGGAUCGUCGCCAGGCUGCUGCGAACAAUAGCACUGGGCCUUCCAUUGAGGUUCUGGCUUCCAGUCGCCAGACUGCUGCUGACGACAUUGGCGCUGGACCUUCAAACGAAGCUCUGUUCGCCAUUCGCCAGGCUGCUGCAAACAAGGGCGCUGGCCUUUACAACGAAGACCCGGGUGCCUGUCACCAAACCUUUGACGACAAUGGCGCUGGCCCUUCCAACGAGCUUCCGGCUGCCAAAAAGUCGCGCGGUCGACCACCCAAGGUUGUGUUGGUGCAGCUGCUAGCACCUGAGGCCAUCGCUGCCACGGUGACUCGAAAGUCGACGAAGGCAACGCAUGCAGCGCAGCCCGCUAGCAAAAACCCUUGCACCAGCGAGGAAGUCGCAACGAAAGCCCCUAUAGUGAGCCGCCGGAAGCGCCCGAGAAGCUCCUCCCCGAGCAGCACUCACGAUCAGCGAGGCUUCGAAGCGUCGCAGUGUCGAGAGGAAGGUGAGCCGCAGAGGUUCCAGGCGCUUGCUCCGCACUUGUCAUACGGGCGCACGCAUGAAGCCUGA